GGAAGUGACGCAGUUCCAAAUGCGGUGGGGGCGGUGGGAGUGAUGAGGGCGCUGAGACGGUGGUGGCGGCUAUGAAGAUGGAGUUUCCCGGAGGAAAUGACAAUUACCUGACAAUCACGGGGCCGUCGCACCCCUUCCUGUCUGGGGCCGAGACAUUCCAUACACCAAGUUUGGGUGAUGAGGAAUUUGAAAUCCCGCCCAUCUCCUUGGAUUCUGAUCCCUCACUGGCUGUCUCAGAUGUGGUUGGCCACUUUGAUGACCUGGCAGACCCCUCCUCUUCACAGGAUGGCAGUUUUUCAGCCCAAUAUGGGGUUCAGACAUUGGACAUGCCUGUUGGCAUGACCCAUGGCUUGAUGGAGCAGGGCGGGGGGCUCCUGAGUGGAGGCUUGACCAUGGACUUGGACCAUUCUAUAGGAACUCAGUAUAGUGCCAACCCACCUGUUACAAUUGAUGUACCAAUGACAGACAUGACAUCUGGCUUGAUGGGACAUAGCCAGUUGACUACUAUUGAUCAGUCAGAACUGAGUUCUCAGCUUGGUUUGAGUUUAGGGGGUGGCACUAUCUUGCCACCUGCCCAGUCACCUGAGGAUCGUCUUUCAACUACUCCGUCACCUACUAAUUCACUUCAUGAAGAUGGUGUUGAUGAUUUCCGGAGGGGGAUCCGAUGCCCUCUUCUGGUCUCUGCAGGCACCAGGCAUACAAGUGAUGCACUAACAUGCAUGCAGCAACUUCCCAGCCAGAAGACCGUGGUAGUGGAAGCAGGGAAAAAGCAGAAGGCUCCAAAAAAGAGAAAAAAGAAAGACCCUAAUGAACCUCAGAAACCUGUCUCUGCGUACGCUUUGUUCUUUCGUGAUACUCAGGCUGCCAUCAAGGGACAAAAUCCUAAUGCUACCUUUGGAGAGGUUUCAAAGAUUGUAGCUUCCAUGUGGGACAGUCUUGGAGAAGAGCAAAAACAGGUGUAUAAGCGGAAAACUGAGGCUGCAAAGAAAGAGUACCUUAAGGCCCUGGCUGCUUAUAAAGACAACCAGGAGUGUCAGGCCACUGUAGAGACAGUAGAAUUGGAUCCCAUGCCACAAUCACAGACUCCUUCACCACCUCCUGUGGCUACUGUGGACCCGGCAUCUCCAGCACCAGCCUCAACAGAGUCCCCUGCCUUGUCCCCUUGCAUUGUUGUUAAUUCCACUCUUUCAUCCUAUGUGGCAAACCAGGCAUCUUCUGGGGCUGGGGGUCAGCCCAAUAUCACCAAGUUGAUUAUUACCAAACAGAUGUUGCCCUCUUCUAUUACCAUGUCUCAAGGAGGGAUGGUUACUGUUAUCCCAGCCACAGUGGUCACCUCCCGUGGGCUCCAAUUAGGCCAGACAAGUACAGCUACCAUCCAGCCCAGCCAACAAGCCCAGAUUGUCACGCGGUCAGUGUUGCAGGCAGCUGCAGCAGCUGCUGCUUCUAUGCAACUGCCUCCACCCCGACUGCAGCCCCCUCCAUUACAACAGAUGCCUCAGCCCCCAACCCAACAGCAAGUUACCAUUCUCCAGCAGCCUCCUCCACUGCAGGCCAUGCAACAGCCUCCACCUCAAAAAGUUCGAAUCAAUUUACAACAGCCACCUCCUCUGCAAAGCAAGAUUGUGCCUCCACCCACUCUGAAGAUGCAGGCUACCCUGGUUCCUCCAGCUGUAGAAAGCAGUCCUGAGCGGCCUCUGAACAGCAGUCCUGAGGCCCACACAAUAGAGGCAACCUCUCCUGAGACAAUCUGUGAAAUGAUCACAGAUGUAGUUCCUGAGGUUGAAUCUCCUUCUCAGAUGGAUGUUGAAUUGAUGAGUGGGUCCCCUGUGACACUCUCACCCCAGCCUCGAUGUGUGAGGUCUGGCUGUGAGAACCCUCCUGUUGUGAGUAAGGACUGGGACAAUGAAUACUGCAGCAAUGAGUGUGUGGUGAAGCACUGCAGGGAUGUAUUCUUGGCCUGGGUAGCCUCUAGAAAUCCAAACACUGUGGUGUUUGUGAAAUAGCCUUUCCUCUUCUCCAAGCCACUGAAGAUUUAUCUGCUGGGAACAAGUCCAAGAGCCUGUUUUUGAAACACAAGCUGGGCUUCUGGUAGUGCCUGACCGCCACUGUCAGUGGUCCUCCAUGACCCCACCUCCCUUUUCUCUCUUCAGCAGUGGCCAGGCUAUAUGGCAGGGCCAGUGAAUUCACUAUAAUCUGGAGUUGCCUUUUACUCUCAA